CUGUAACUGUAGAUGUGUCUGAAAUUCACUGACAAGUGACAGUAAUGUGAACUUUAACUGUCUCCGUCAAAACACGCAUCUAUUUUCGCAAAAUUUUUGUAAUGUUGAGAAAUAUUUUUAAAAUAUCAGGAUUACCAUCCAAGAGAGAUACUACAUUUCAAAAAUGUUACCUUCAAUCAUUCAUAUCUGCACCAACAACGAUAAUUUGGACUAAUAGAAGAUCUUCUUAUACUAGAUCUUAUAGUGCUCCAUGGGAUACACAACAUAGAAAAACAUCGUCUUAUAUUGGACAACAAAAAGGUGAACCCUUUAUUAGACAUCAAGCUAGUCGCGAAUCAAAAAGUAGCAUAAGAACUGUAAAAGAUGAAAAUCCACUCGGUUUUCCAACAAAAUUAAACAUUAAUUCAUCUCAUCAAAUCAAAAUAAAAUCGUGCGCCAAUUUGCUUAAAUAUUUUAAAAGCAAUGAUAUUGAACCGGAUAAGAAACUAGCUAAAAUACUGUCAUUAGACAGCAUUUUUAAAAAAAUACCAAAAAAAAGUCCCAACUUAGUCGAAGAAAUCCUUCAAAAAACUAAUUUUGGUAAAACACUAACAUUAGGAAAAAUUAAGUCCAAUAUCUGUGACUCUGAUAAAGUUAUUGGUUAUAAAAGAAUGCAAUCAGAUCCAGAAGUAUGCAAAUUUGCUAAAAUUUCCAACACUAGAUCUUGUCCGUCUGUAUGUAUAACUCUGUCAAAUGCAUUUCCAGAAAUAUUAAGUAAAGAUGCAACCAAUGAGACAUUAAAUAAUAAAGAAUUAGAAAAACCACAUUCUUUUAUCGAGCUAAAGCGACAAAAACUAGCAGGAGAAGAAUCAAUGAAUGAGCUAAACCAUCUUCAAAUAUCAUUUGAUUCUACAUUUCCAAACCAUUUGAAACCAAGAGCAUUUAAUCUGAAAGAUCAAGAUUUUAGUUUGAAAAUAAAUUUCACUUUACAACCAAACAUAGCUUCAUCUGGAAUGAAAGAAAUUAUUAAAUUAAGAGAUGCUUACACUUCAUACGAUUCAAUGUUGAUUAAUUCUGAGAUUGAUCAAAUCAUAACCAAGACCAUAAAAUCUGAAUCAAAACCGAAUGUAUUUAAGUUGCAUCAAGGCAACCACAGAAUGAAGAUUACAACAGCUUCAAACUAUCGACAAAUAAUGCCUUCCAAGAUAGAUGGUUAUAAGAAAGAAAGUAUCAAUAAAAGAGCUGAAUUAGAUAAAUAUACCUUGCAUCCUUUCGCAAACAAAGCUGCAGCCAGGAUGAUUCUGAUUGACGCCAAUUACAGAUCUAAUCCGCAUAAAAGUUUUAGUAUAAGUUCAAUUUUGAGAUGUCCCCAAUACCUGAAAAAACAAGAAUGGAGUAGCGAAAAGAAAGCCAAUAAAGUUAGAUUUUCUAAAUAUAUUGAUGUUUUUUGUACAGAAAAAUAUCAACCUCUUUAUGUACCAAAAGAGAUUACCUUCAAUUAUACAAGAGAAGAAAUAAAUAAAAUGAAGAAAAUUUUGGAUAAAGAUGUAAAAAGAAUUGAUUCUUCCGAGAUGUCCUUCCAUGAACAUUACAUAUAUAAACUGGAGAAAGAUUUAGCACUUCGUAUGAAGGAAUUACAAGCAAAAACUAAACGAAUAUAUACAAGUGGUACAAAAUCAAUUAAAAGAUUUAGCGGGAUCGCUAUUACUAGUAAAGAUAUUCUAGUUGAUAAAAAAUAUUCAAACCAGAUGCCUAUUCGCAAAUAUCACGUGCUAACUAAGUUACAGGAUAAAAAAUUAACAGAAAAAAAUAACUACACCGAUUUGAGACAACUAAAGGGAGAAAUCAAUUCUUUAGGUAAUCUAAGAAAGACACAAUGGAAAAUAAAUAAUUUCUACAAAUGGCACAAGUUGAAUAACAUGCAUAACGUACAACUCACCCUAAAAAGAUCAUAUUCCCAUAUGAAUGAUUUUUUAUCAGUAAACAAUAAAAUAACUACAAGAGGAAGUAUCAGACUAAAAUCCACCAGAAGUAGUACCAACAUUGCGGCUGAAUCCGGUAAAAUAAAAGUACCUCUGAAUAAAGAAAUAUUUCUGCCUAAUGAAAAGGAAAUCUCGUCUGAAGAAUUUUAUCCUGAUAAUGUAAAUGCCAGUAAAUACAUAAACCAAGAUUACGAUGAAGAAGAUAGAAAAUCAGUAUACAAAGAAGAUGAAGAAGAUUCAAAAUCAGCGUAUAGAGACAAUGAAGAGGACCAAGAACAAUAUUAUCCUAAAAAUAAACCACUAACCCUUAAAGAUAUGAUGAAUAUGGGAAUAAAUGAUUUGAGGAGAAAAUUAUUUCACCUUGAACCUGAAAGAUACGACGAUGAUUCUGACGAUGCGAAGUCAAACGAUUAUAGAGAAUAUGCUGAAGACGAUGAAGACGAAAAAUAUUCUAGAAAAGGAUAUAAAAGAUACAUAAAGAAAUUAAAGCGGGAAGGAUUGAUACCGAAAGAUUUUAAAAAACAUUUCAAACUCCCGGAAAAAGCUGAAUAUUUAGAUGAAACGGAGGACGAACCUACUAACGAGGAAGACAAUUAUUCUGGAUAUUAUAGACAAAAAUCGGCCGAUGGACCUAAGAAAGAAACAUAUUAUUCAAGGUAUGAAAAAAAAGCAGAUGAUACUUGGAAUAAAGUAGUCAAUUAUUUUAAAGCGAUGCCAGGAGUUCCGUCCGCAGAUGAAUUUAAAAAAAUAUAUUACAGAAAAAGAGCGGAAAAGUAUGCUAAACUUGCAGGGCUAAUAGUGAUCGAAAAAGAAGUAGAACCUGAAAAUUUAAGCACUAACGAAAGUCCUCCGACUAUAGUUGCCCAUCCUUUGGUAGCAGAAUCAACAGACCAAGAAAAUAACAAGGAUGAGCUUCAUUUGAAACAUCUAUUACCCAACUUUAACAAGCAACAUAGAAGAUCGUAUUCUACACUAUCAGAAAAUAAUUACCACAAACUGUUACAUAACACAAAAAGUGAAAAAAUCGGUACUUUAGAACAAUUGCGUAAAAAAACUUAUUUCAAUAACGGUAGGUGCUACAGUACAUCAGCCCAGAAUCAACUUAAUCACGCAGAAAUACCAGUUGGUAAAUCAUUUCAUCCAAUUUCUAAAGAUUUUUUCGAAAACCCUAUUAAGUCGUCUAUGAAAUAUUUUGAUCCAGAAGUUGUAAGCCAAGAGUCAGUAGAUAGUGAUGAUGAGAAAACUGUUGCAGAAACACCUGGAGAACAAAAGGAAUCUAAUGCUGAAUCAGUUCCUUCUCCUUCUAAAGACAAAAAAUGCUGCUCUGAAUAUACUGCUCUGAAUAACAUUAUUCGGACAAUAGAAAUUAAAGAAAGGAUUUUUAAAUCGAUUGUGAAUGUAGCGGCACAAUAUGUUCAUGGUGUUAACUUUCACAAUAGGCGUUUCAGCACUUCAAUGAUAAAUUCUUCUGAUGCUAAGAAAGCGAAUUUGGCAGAGAGUGGAAGUGCACCAGAUUCAAAUAACUCUCAAACUGAAAAUGCUGACAAUAUUAAUGAUAAAUCCGCUAAUCCCGAAGUAGAAUCAGUUUACAGCAUAGAUAGUGACGGUUCUUCAGAAACAGGAGUACCGGUAAAUCAAGAAAUAUCUUCAACGAAUACAAAAGAACCUUCUUCUUCUUCUGACCCAAUUGUUAAUCUAAUUUCAAAAAGGAGUUACUCCAAACAUAACGCUAAUGAAGACUUGGAUGCGAUUAACAAGAGUUUAGAUGAAAAAGACCAUCAACGCUUAACAGAAAAUAUAGUCAAGUCGAUUCUUGAGGCUACUACUGCUCAAAGCCAACAAGACUCUAGUAGAAAAGGGGAAAAGACUGUGGUGAUACAACCUAAGAUUAUUCCGAGAAAAAUGACUUUAGCCGAAAUUAUAUUUAGCGAACCUAAAGAUGAAUACGAGAAGUACUUCAAGGCUACAUGUUUGGCUGCUUUUUUGGAUAUUUUCCGAAAAACGGAGAUGCUGUCUGAUGCAAAUUUCGAGGAAACAGAAAAAAUUAAAACGGAUGAUUUGGUUAAGGAGCUAAACAAAUUAUUGACAGAAGAGAAUCAAAAUACUAAAAAUGGUUGUUGAUGUUCCUUACGAAUUGGUAUUUUUAAAAUUUUAAUAAUUAAAAUGUAUAAAUAUUAAUUAUCUGUAACAUGUCUUCAUUCUAAUGUACUAUCUUAGUCUCUUCCGAGAUUUUUCAUUACACUUAUAAUGGAUGCUAAAACUGUGACAUAGGGGUCUAUUGGAACAAUUCCUUUAUAUUUUAACGGCCGUUAAAAUAUUGGAG